CGGGACGAGCAGCAGCGCUGGAGAGAGCCGGUGCAGCCAAGAUGAGAGCCGCGGUGUUGACCCUCGCCCUGCUCUGCCUGGCGGGCACCCAGGCCCGCUCCUUCUGGCAGCAUGAUGAUCCCCAGGCACCCCUGGAUCGCCUCAAGGACAUGGUCGAUGUGUACCUGGAGACGGUGAAGGCCAGCGGCAAGGAAGCCAUUGCCCAGUUCGAGGCCUCCACCGUGGGCAAACAGCUGGACCUGAAGCUGGGCGAGAACCUCGACACGCUGGGCGCAGCCGCUGCCAAGCUGAAAGAGGACAUGGCCCCCUACUACAAAGAGGUGCGGGAGAUGUGGCUGAAAGACACCGAGUCCCUGCGCGCCGAGCUGACCAAGGACGUGGAGGAGGUGAAGGAGAAGAUCAAGCCCUUCCUGGACCAGUUCGCUGCCAAGUGGACGGAGGAUCUGGAGCAGUACCGCCAGCGCCUGGCACCCCUCGCCCAGGAGCUGAAGGAGCUCAGCAAGCAGAAGGUGGAGCUGCUGCAGCAGAAGCUGACCCCGGUGGCCGAGGAGGCGCGGGACCGUCUGCGCGGGCACGUCGAGGAGCUGCGCAAGAACGUGGCGCCCUUCAGCGAUGAGCUGCGGCAGAAGCUGAGCCAGAAGCUGGAGGAGAUCCGCGAGAAGGGCAUCCCCCAGGCCGCUGAGUACCAGGCCAAGUUGGUGGAGCAGCUCAGCAACCUGCGUGAGAAGUUAACGCCCCUGGUGCAGGACUUCAAGGAGCGCGUCACCCCCUACACCGACACCCUCAAGGCCCGUUUCCUCAGCAUGCUGGAGGAGCUCCAGAAGACCAUGGCCUGAGCUGCCGGCGGCGCGGCCAGGGACUGACCCCAGCCCCGCUCUGCGGCCGCCCCGGGCGCUCCCUGCCCUGCCCCGGGCACCUCUCCUCAGGGGGCUCUGGGGACAGGCUGCAGGAGCCCCGGGCCAGCCCGGCCCUGGGGUGUCCUCCCCGGAGACCCCCUCUUCCCCUAGAAUUGCCUCCCCACCUCCCCACCCCGGCGUCGCUCUCAGCUUUGCCUCCCUUUUGAGAAAUAAACUUGACUUAAGUUA